AUGGGUCAAGGGUUCUCCCUCGCGACGCCGUCUGUCGGCUCCGCAGGCAUCGAUAUCUCGGAGCUUAGCGAUGUUCAAUUUGAGAAAAGCAUAGGAAAUGCGAGGUUUAUGAAGUCUAUUCGUGGGCGGCACGAGAAUGGUCUAGUGCUCGUCAAGGUCCUGGUUAAGCCAUACGCCGACGUCAAGUUACAGCAAUACAAGAAACAGAUAAUAGAGCAGAGUAACGCGAUAGAUAAAAUCCCCAACACCCUCGGAUUCCAGCGCAUUAUCGAGACCGAGACCAAUGGCUACCUGGUCCGCCAGUUCCUUUACAGCUCACUAUACGACCGAGUCAGCACUCGACCGUUCCUCGAGGACAUCGAGAAGAAAUGGUUGGCCUUUCAGCUGCUUUGCGCUCUACGCGAUUGUCAUGCACGCGAUGUCUACCACGGCGACAUCAAGGCGCAGAAUGUCCUCGUGACAUCAUGGAAUUGGCUGUACCUCUCCGAUUUCUCCUCCGCCUAUAAGCCUGUGAUGCUUCCCGACGACAACCCGGCCGAUUUCUCUUACUUCUUCGAUACCUCAGGCCUCCGAACCUGCUAUAUCGCCCCCGAGCGCUUCUAUGCUUCUGGAGAAGCGCCACCGAAGAAUGCGAAGAUGACAUGGGCAAUGGACAUCUUCAGUGCUGGUUGCGUUAUUGCGCAAUUGUUUCUUGAGUCGGACAUCUUCAGCCUCGCACAGUUGUACAAGUAUCGGCGUGGCGAGUACGACCCUGUGAUCACGCAUCUGAGCACCAUCGCAAAUAAGGACCUCGCCGAUAUGAUAGCCCACAUGAUUCAGCUUGACCCCGAGAAACGAUACUCAGCAGACCAGUACCUGGAUUUCUGGAAAGGCAAAGUAUUUCCACAUUACUUCUACAAUUUCCUGCACCAGUAUAUGGAGCUCAUAACAGACCCUUCGUCUGGGAACAGUCCCAUGUCAGGCACUUCGAAAAAUCUUGGAGAAGCCGAUGAUCGAAUCGAUCGUGUAUUUUACGACUUUGAUAAGAUCUCAUACUUCCUCGGUUAUCAGCUUGAGAAACGUACCUCAGACGAACUUCAACCGCCUCCUAGGCUGAGCCUAUCGCAUUUCCCAGUGAGACUUAACAUACCGAAUCACAACCAUACCGUAUCUUCCGAAUUAGAGCCACCGGAAGAUGAUGGAACGUUGAUAUUCCUGACGCUGAUCGUGUCUCAACUAAGAAACACUGCGCGAGCAUCUUCACGAAUCCGCGCAUGUGAUGUACUCCUUGCCUUUUCUGAAAGACUAACCGAUGAAGCCAAGUUGGACAGAGUUUUGCCAUAUCUAAUGACACUUCUCGUCCCAGAUGAGACAGAUCUAGUGUUGAUUGCUGCUAUUCGAACCAUUACCCAGCUUUUGCAGCUGGUGCAGACGGUCAAUGCGUUCAACUCUCAUGUCCUGGUAGAGUAUGUAUUGCCUCGCAUGGAAAUCGCGUUGGGGUCUAGAUCAAGGGUACCUAGUUCUUUGGUCAGAGCAGCUUAUGCUUCUUGUCUCGGCAGUCUUGCGACCACUGCACAGAGAUUCCUCAAUAUGGCCUCGAGCCUUCGAGCUGAUGGCUCGAUGCCUAUUACUGAUCCUGAAGUCGAGCCUGGAGCGGAUGCCAAGGCCAACUUCGAGAGCGUCUUUGACAACGCGGGGCGACAGCUUUUUGAGGUUCUUGAGAGCCAUUCAAAGCAAUUGGUAGAAGACCCGGACAUUUCUGUUCGCAGAGCAUUUUUGGCCUCCGUACCCGAGUUGUGCCUCUUCUUUGACCAUCAUUCAAACGAUGUCCUCCUUACUCAUCUUAACACAUAUCUGAACGAUCGAGACUGGACGCUGAAAUGCGCAUUUUUUGAUACGAUCGUCGGCAUCGCAGUCUUCAUUGGAAGCACGAGUUUGGAGGAGUUCAUGCUCCCCUUGAUGAUACAAGCCUUGACUGAUCCAGAGGAGUACGUGGUACAGGCCGCUCUCCACUCGCUUGCUCAACUCGCUGGGCUUGGUUUGUUAUCAAGGCCCAAGGUUUGGGAGCUAGUUGACCUCAUCAGCCGAUUCACAAUGCACCCAAACAUCUGGAUCCGCGAAUCAGCCGCAGAAUUCUUAUCAAUGUCGGCACGGUACUUGCCACCUGCUGAUGUCAGGUGCAACCUGAUGCCUCUUGUAAAACCGUUCCUGAAGGUGGAGGUUCUCACAGACUUUUCCGAGCUCAACAUACUUGAUGCUCUCAAGAGGCCAUUGGCUCGAAACGUCUUUGACCAGGCUAUAACGUGGGCCUCGAAAACAGAACGCGGCAUCUACUGGAAGCCCCUGCAACAGCUCAAACCAUUGUUGUUCGGCUCCAAAGGGUCAACAUCAAGCCGUGCCUCUCGGGACUUAAUGCAAAGCUCCAUGGGGCGAGUGGCUCGAAAUGAUGAAGAUGAGCAAUGGUUGACAAAACUCAGAAACCUCGGACUCAAGCAUGAGGAUGAGUUGAAGCUCGAUGCCCUACGCGAGUUCAUUUGGCGCCUAAGUAAAAUAAAGGCGCGUGAUACUUCUACAUCGGAUGGUACCGCAUCCAAUGGUGUAGUAUCUCUCAAAUCACUGGGAAUCACUCCUCAGACGGUGUUCUUCAAUGACGCGCCACUUCGAGACCCCAAUGCAGUCGUGGAUCUUGAACCACCAGCGGAGUCUUACACAAUUGCAGAUGCCCUCUUGGAUGCCUCCAUGACUAUUGACGACUCGACUGGCGGAAAAAAGAGGGUCAACAAUAACCGCCGAGUACAAAGUGUCGGACCUCGUUCAUCACGCCGUCUCCUUUCACCAACUAGUGCUGGUCGAACGCAUACUAGAGCACCCUCCGCAGGGCAGUUGAUGCAGACAGCCGACGAUAGGCCCUCUCAAGGGGGUUCACCUUCCAGAAAUGCAGUGCGCCAUCAGGCAAGCGCCCUAAGUCUCCUUGACCGCAAGGACAAAAACAAAUCGACCGCACAAACUGGCACCACCGACGCGAAUGCAUUUGGUGAAGUUGAGGGGCCUUUUGCUCAGACCUCAACCGACCAGCAAGCUUCCUCUGAAGGGAAUGAAGGCGACACUACCGGCUCCCGGGCGUCGAAACAUAGUUACGCAGGCAACGAUCCAAGCAUACAAAGAAUGUUGGAUAACAUGUAUGUUGAUAACUUUCCUCGUGAUGUUAUUGAAUUUGGGCCUAUGGUCACGCCGAUCAAGCGGAGCAAAGCAAGUCGCGCCAGUGUUCAACCUGGCGAGGAACCUUGGAAGCCGGUCGGACAACUUGUUGCAACGUUUUCCGAACAUAAGAGUCCCAUCAAUAGGGUUUUACCAUCCCCUGACCAUGUCUUCUUCAUCACUGGUGGCGACGACGGUACUGUGAGGGUUUGGGAUACGGCUAGGCUCGAGCGAAACAUUACACACCGUUCUCGUCAACUCCACAAACACGGAGAUAACACACGAGUUGUUGCCCUCUGUUUUGUAGAAAACUCACACUGUUUUGUGAGCUGUGCAUCUGAUGGCACCGUUCACGUGGUGAAGGUCGACACCGUAUCUGCGGGUGGCGUUGUCAGGUACGGCAAAUUGCGCGUUCUGCGAGAGUAUCAACUACCAGAUGGCGAGUUCGCGGUGUGGUGUGAACAUUUCAGACAAGAAUCGAACUCUAUUCUUGUCAUCGCUACGAAUCGCUCAAGGAUUCUUGGUAUCGACUUGAGGACCAUGAGUCUCCUAUACACUCUCGAGAACCCUGUGCACCAUGGAACGCCAACUUGCUUUUGUGUGGAUAGGAAGCGCAACUGGCUUUGCGUGGGCACAUCUCAUGGAGUUGUUGAUCUCUGGGAUUUGCGUUUCAAAAUGAGGCUUAAAGGUUGGGGCCUACCAGGCAAAGGGUCAAUCUACCGAAUUUGCAUCCACCCUACUAAAGGCCGUGGCAAAUGGGUAUGCAUUUCUGGCGGUACUGGACAAGGCGAGGUGACGGUUUGGGACCUGGAAAAAACCGUCUGCCGAGAGAUUUAUAGAACGGGAGGCAGCAAGGAUGGACUCAAAGCGUAUGAGCCAUGGGACGUGGAUGAAGAUAAGCGAGAAGGCAUGCUCGGACGAUAUGCUACUAACAUCGAACCCAACGAAAUCGCCAAUGCCGAUCGUGGAGUUCGUGCUAUGGUUGUCGGAACUGCAAGUACAGAAGACUCGAGAGACGUGAGACACGCCUUCAUCGUCACUGGCGGAUCAGAUAAGAGACUUCGCUUCUGGGAUUUGUCUCGGAUGGAGAGCUCGUUCAUCUACAGUGGACUAUCCCCAGAUCUACCUAAACCGACUUACACAACCUCCCACCCAACAACGGCGCUGACGUUGAACACGGAGCGUUUUCCUAGACAGGCUCCGACGGCCCCUAAUGCUGGUUCUGGAUCAAGAGCCAAGUCAUCGACCGCCCGACCACCUCGAUCGACAGUUAUAUCCCUUCAGCAACAACAGUUGCUUCAGUCUCACGUGGAUUCUAUUUUAGAUGUGGCGUUGUUGGAGUUCCCCUAUAUUAUGAGUGUUUCGGUGGAUAGGAUGGGCGUCGUCUUUGUGUUUCAGUAG